AAGAUUUUCCUUUGCCAUUUCUAAAACUAGGAAAACUCCGAGCAAAGCCAGCUACCUGUAACAGGAUACUCGAUUCUUUUCAUGGGUUCUGUAACAAGGCAAAACCAGCUUCCUGUUGUAGAUUUCACCGGGGAAACCUUGAAUCCCAGUUCUACUCGUUGGCUAUCGACACGGGAAGAAAUUGUUCGAGCGCUGGAAGAGUAUGGCUGCUUCAUAGCGAACUACGAUAAGGUUUCCUUGGAACUUCACCAGGCCAUCUUUCUUGCAUCCCAGGAGUUGUUUGAACUCCCGACGGAAACCAAAGUCCUCAACACUUCUGAUUCGCCUUCUCAUGGCUAUAUGGCACACCGUAGAAUUCCUUUGCUCGAAGCUUUGGGCAUCGAAAAUGCCACCACUGUUGACGGAGUUCAAAGAUUCACCAACAUAUUAUGGCCCAAUGGAAACAAUCAUUUUAGUGAAACAGCACUCUCGUACUCAAAACUUGUUGCUGAACUAAAUCAUGUGGUGAUGAGGAUGGUGGCAGAGACUUACGGCGUAGAGAAGGAUUGUGAAUCACUCCUCGGAUCCAUUUACUACCUUCUUAGGCUAAUCAAGUACAGGGCGCCCCGAGAAGAUGAAAGCAAUGUCGGUCUUUUCCCUCACGCCGACCAGACCUUCAUGUCCAUUCUUCAUCAAGCACAAGUAAAUGGUCUAGAGAUCAUGACCAAGAAUGGCGACUGGAUGCUUAUUGAUUCCUUAUCUCCUUCUUCUUUCAUUGUCAUGGCGGGGGAUGUAUGUAUGGCGUGGACUAAUGGCAGGAUCGAACCUCCACUUCAUCGGGUAACAAUAAUGUCAGGGAGUGAAGAAAGAUAUUCCCUCAGCCUAUUUGCAUUCAUGAGGGACGUGAUGGUUCAAGUACCAGAAAAGCUAGUUGAUGAUGAGCAUCCGUUGCAGUACAAGCCAUUCGAUCCCUUCAAGUAUCUUCUAUUCUGCGUGACAGAGGAGGGGCAAAAAUCCAAGUGUCAAAUUAAAUCCUACUGUGGAGUCUGAUGAUCCUAAUUACAAGUAUUUUGUUGCAAAGCAUCCAAUGAUUGUGCUUUUUCUAUGAAUUUCUAUGUCGUUUUCUAGAAUUAUGAUGUUAGCUGGCGGUGCAGUGAGUGGAAAUAAAGUCCUCUGAUUGGAUUGAAAAUUGAAAUUUGAACGUGGAAUACUGAGUAGAGUGUGGACUAAGGGUCUGUUUGAAUGGACAUUUUUCAUUUUCUGGUGUUCCUCGUGGUCAAAA